AUGAGUGUUAGUUCUACUUCAUCAACAUCGUACAGUUCAACGCCUAGCACAACGUUUGACUUGAAAAAUGCCAACACAUCGGUUAUUGAAUUAAUUUCAGGACAACAAGCCAUUGAGGAACUUAAAAAAGCCGAUGAUUUUGUCAAUAAUUUUAGCCAGUUUGAUUUAGAAUCUCGUUUAAAUUUAUCUUCACCAACAUUAGAAGAUUAUUUGAAAUUUAUUGCACAACAAAUCUUGAUUUGGGAUGACGAAUCAAAUCAAGCAAUGGCAUCAUGCAUUCAAUUCAUCAACACAACUUGUCAAGAACGAUUGAAAUUAUUAACAUAUCCACCACGAAUUUUUGUUGUAUUAACAAAUGGCAAAGAUGAAAAUAAUGCUGCAUAUUGCCGCAACGAAAAUAUGAUUGUAAUACCACGAACAAUUAUUCGCCAUGAACAGCUGAAUAAAACAUUUGUUCAUGAACUAUUUCAUAUAUGGAGUAAAUGGAAUACAAAUUUAAUGAUUCGUGAUGAAUUAUAUGCAAGCAUUGGAUACAAUAAAAUACCUACCGCGGCGCCAAUCGAACUUCCAACCAGUUUACAGCCGAUAAAAAUAACUAAUCCAGAUGCACCUUUUGUGUUGAAAUAUUAUAUUGAAUUAAAAAAACUUGGCGAUGAAAAUGGGAAAACAUACAAAUGCACGCCGAUUUUGCAUGCUUCUCGGACUUUUGAUCCGAAAUUUUCGACAAAUUUUUUUGCUUAUUUAGUGGCAACAACUUUAAUAUUAGACGAUACCACAUAUAGACCAUUAGAACCAUUACAAUAUUUACCAUAUGCAGAGGCUAGUAAUUUUUAUCAUCAAAUCGGGAAAAAUACAGCCUACAUUAUACAUCCGGAAGAAAUUCUAGCAGAUAAUUUUGUACUAUGGAUGACGAAAAAAGAUCAAUCCAGUAGCUUGGAAUCGCCAACUGUUGUCUUGAAGAUGGAUGAAAUUAUAACAAACUCAUCGAGCUCCUGCUGA